GUCAAGGUACGGGCUCUUAUAAAUGUUGUGAAUAUGUAAUUGCGCUCGUGCGACUGGCUGCUUCUAAAUUUGGCUUCGCUGGGGCAGGCUGCCACAGUCUGUGAGGUGGUCGCUCUGCCGGUGCUCUAUGAGGACGCGAACUGUAACGGAGGCUGUAGGAAAUUAACCGCGGAGGAGAAGCUCAUUCGAGGACAAGCAGGGUCAUGAUGUGCCAGAGGUCGAUGCUUUGUAGGUAAAAUCAGAGAAAACAGAGGAUUCGCUGUUAGUUCAGAAGGACAAUAUUAAGCUUUGUGCGCACAGAAUAACGCGCUGGAGAUUUUGGAGAAAACCGAGGCAAGUCCUGCUUUGAUUGUCUCACUGAAUGGACUUUUCAAAUACUGUGUAAAGAAAUGACGGCCGGCCACAGGUUCGAGGAUGUUUCCACUCAUCACGGAACCUGCCCAUAGCCCACAAGCCGGUCACUGACUGACCUUUUACGCACGGGGAACGAUCCGUGCUCACACAUUUUGUUUUCGUGUUUAUGUGGAUGAACUUUGCAAUACAUUUUUAAUGAUUCGAGAUCUGAGCAAGAUGUACCCACCGGCACGGCAUCCGGUCCCUCACCAGCCGGGGCAGCCGUUAAAGUUCACUGUCACCGAGUCCUGUGACCGGAUCAAGGAGGAGUUCCACUUCCUGCAAGCCCAGUAUCACAGCCUGAAACUGGAGUGUGAGAAACUGGCCAGUGAGAAGACUGAGAUGCAGAGACACUAUGUCAUGUACUACGAAAUGUCAUACGGGCUGAACAUCGAGAUGCACAAACAGGCCGAGAUCGUCAAACGGCUGAAUGCAAUCUGUGCCCAAGUCAUCCCCUUCCUCUCUCAAGAGCAUCAGCAGCAGGUGGUGCAGGCGGUGGAGAGGGCCAAGCAGGUCACCAUGGCUGAACUCAACGCCAUCAUAGGACAGCAGCAGCUCCAGGCGCAGCACCUCUCCCACGGCCACGCCAUCCCCAUCCCACUCACGCCACACCCAACAGGCCUCCAGCCCCCCCUGCCCCCCGGAGCCGGUACUGCCAGCCUGCUGGCUCUGUCCUCUGCCCUGAGCCACCAGCUGCCGCUCAAAGACGAGAGGAAACACCACGACAACAACAGUGAACACCCGAGAGACAGAGACUCAGUCAAGAGCUCAUCUGUGUCUCCCUCGGCCAGUUUUCGCACCGGUGAGAAACACAGGAGUUCAAGUGAUUACUCAUCUGACAACAAGAAACAGAAGACAGAUGAUAAGGAGUUGGCUUCCACACGCUAUGAAAGUGAUGGCGAAAAGAGCGAUGACAACCUAGUAGUGGACGUCUCCAAUGAGGAUCCAGCGUCUCCCAGAGGAAGUCCUGCCCACUCACCUCGAGAGAACGGGUUGGACAAGCGUCGCCUGUUGAAGAAGGACGCUCCACUGAGCCCCUCCUCCAUCGCCUCUUCCAGCAGCACACCUUCAUCCAAAUCCAAAGAGAUUAAUUUGAAUGAGAAAUCCACCACGCCUGUGUCCAAGUCCAGCACCCCGACAUCCCACGCUGAUGCCCCGACACCCAGCAGCACCUCCACCCUGAGGACUGCGUCCAGUAAACCGUCAGGAGCCGAGACAUUGGCUCCUGGUCUCCGUACGCCGUUGGCAGUGCCGUGCUCGUACCCCAAUCCGUUUGGAAUGGUCGCCCACCCGGGUAUAAACGGAGAGCUGAGUGGAGCAGGGGCAGCCUACACCGGCCUGCAUAACAUUUCUCCGCAGAUGAGUGCGGUGGCUGCUGCUGCAGUGGCAGCUUAUGGACGCACACAAGUGGUGGGAUUUGAUCCUCACCACCACAUACGUGUCCCUGGCCUUCCUCCCAGCCUGUCAGGCAUUCCUGGUGGAAAACCGGCCUACUCCUUUCAUGUGAGUGCUGAUGGACAAAUGCAGCCCGUGCCUUUUCCUCCGGAUUCGCUGAUCGGUCCUGGCAUCCCCCGGCAUGCACGACAGAUCAAUACUCUCAACCAUGGGGAAGUGGUGUGUGCUGUCACCAUCAGUAACCCGACGCGUCAUGUCUACACUGGCGGCAAGGGCUGCGUAAAAGUGUGGGACAUCAGUCAUCCAGGCAACAAGACUCCUGUAUCCCAGCUGGACUGUCUUAACAGAGAUAACUACAUCCGCUCCUGUCGGCUACUUCCGGAUGGUCGGACUCUAAUUGUCGGAGGAGAGGCGAGUACUUUGUCAAUCUGGGAUUUGGCUACACCGACUCCACGAAUCAAGGCUGAACUGACUUCAUCAGCGCCUGCGUGUUAUGCUCUGGCCAUCAGCCCCGACUCCAAGGUCUGCUUUUCCUGCUGCUCCGAUGGAAACAUAGCCGUCUGGGAUCUUCAUAACCAGACUCUGGUUAGGCAGUUCCAGGGCCACACCGACGGGGCCAGCUGUAUAGACAUCUCUAAUGAUGGGACCAAACUGUGGACUGGAGGCCUGGAUAACACCGUACGGUCCUGGGACUUGAGAGAAGGACGACAGCUGCAGCAGCACGACUUCACCUCCCAGAUUUUCUCACUGGGACACUGUCCAACUGGAGAGUGGCUGGCAGUGGGGAUGGAGAACAACAAUGUGGAGGUCCUACACGUCACCAAACCUGACAAGUACCAGCUCCACUUGCAUGAAAGCUGUGUGCUGUCACUCAGAUUUGCUCACUGUGGGAAGUGGUUUGUGAGCACAGGGAAAGACAAUCUGCUCAACGCAUGGAGAACCCCAUAUGGAGCCAGCAUAUUCCAGUCAAAGGAGUCGUCUUCAGUGCUGAGCUGCGACAUCUCCAUAGAUGAUAAGUACAUUGUGACAGGCUCAGGAGAUAAGAAAGCAACUGUCUACGAGGUCAACUACUAGGAGGACUGAGGCCGUUCAAUGACAAGGCCAUCCUUCUGCCCAAGCACUCUGCAAUGUCUCCCAUGUCACCCGCCUACAGUUUUUAAUGUGUACAAAAUGGAUUUGAAUGGAACUAACCAAACAGACCAAGUCUUUCUUGAACAAUGACCUUUUGACCUUUUAGCCAGUCAUGGAUGAAGAUGAACAAACAGAAACUGAGCACAGAGAUUUUUUUUUCUUUUUCUUUUUGUUAAUGAGUGGCUUUUUGUUGUCGUGAAGAUUAAUGAAUGUCCUUGUGCACUGAAUCUAGAGAGGAUGCUGUUACACUAUACAACAUUCCUUUGCACUUUUAGAAGUCUGCGAUACUGACAUUUUUUCUCCAACACCCUUGCACUGACAAGCAGCCACAUUACAAGCGUCAUUGUUCACAUAUUUCAUAUCUAAACCAAAAGAUGUUUAAAAAGAAUCAAGGCAGAAUAAUUCCCACCUGACAGCAGAAUAACUUCUCUGAAAACUUCUGAUUUGACACAAGUUAAACAUACUUGAACAUGUCAGCACUUGAAAGAGUUAUUAUUGGGUUAACAUAAAAAUCACAGGAAAGAAGAGGCAGCGGUGACAAGCUCUAAGAGUUUCCAUGCCACUGUUGUCUCCUCAGAGCCUGCUGCCGACCAUAUUCCACAUCCUGACAUACUGCUAGGAGCACAGGGGAUAUGCAAGGGUAGCCAUCAGGCAUACAUUAACAUGUGGUUGAAAGCAAAUACAUUCAGAUCUUUAUUCAGUGGUCUUUUCAGUGGUCUUUACUCUUGUGGGUAUGACAGUUUUGUUUUUUUGGUUAUUUUGGUUUGGUUUCUCUAGUUUUCAGGUGCUGUAUGUUAACAGACCAAAUUUGCCUUUUUUAAUAUCAGUACAGUUUUAUUAGGUUGUUGUUUGUUGUCUUCAUCUUAAUCAGUAAAGUUAGCCUUCCACAUGUGAAUUACAUCCAAUUUUCAUUAGUUUAGCUUAGUAUGUCAGCGUCAUCACUUCAAAAAGCAGUGACUUGAUUACAUUUAGCUCCUUCCAGAACUACCCCAUGAGAUAGUUAGCUUAGCUUAUAACAAAGAUGGGAAAGGAACAGGAAACAGAUAGCCUUGUUCUAACCAAAAGCUCUUCCAGAGAUGUAUACAAGCAGUAACUUUGCAAACUUUCACAAACUCUCUGAGCUUUUAGUUCGUUUUGUUAAAAACUAAACUAAUUUAAACUAAUUAAACUAGUUAAACUAAUUUAUUCAGAUCGUUUGCCUUGUUAACUUCAUUCAAAUGAAACAUAAAUUAAAUAAAACUCACCAAAACCAUCGUGGUUUGUCUUUCCACAAUGACCUCUGUGAAAAUAUGAAAAGAUUUCGGCCCUACACACCACUGAUUUGUAACGCCAUUUAAUUUAACAUUAAAUACUUAUAGCAUUAAAUAUGCCCAUGGAAAAUAAAGGUGGCAUUAGGGACCUCUCCUGAAAUAAAUCAAUGUGGAAUUAUGAAUUGAAGCCUACUGAAAUAACAAUAGUCAUUUGCAAAAUGUUCUUUUUGAAAUAAAAACCAUUUUAUUUAUUGAUUGAAUUAUAUUUACUCAUUUGUAUAUUAAUAUGUAUUUAUACAUGCAUUUACUCUUAUAUUUCAGGAUCUAUUUCAUGGGCAUAUUUAUUUUUUUAAUAUUCGAUUAAAUGGCAUUUGGUAGGUACGACUCUUCCUCCCUGCUCCUUUUCCGCGUCACCCCCUGUGGUCAGAGGUCGUGGUCCUGUAACACCCAAGUCAACUAUAGGGCAGUAGCUAUGGCAAAGAUAAUUACAGCAAAGAGUAUAGUGGGCAGCACCUUAUAAAGUACAACUUGCCUUCAUACUUUAGUUUUUGUACUGACAAAAGCAGGAUAACUUAACUUAAUGAUUUUUAGAGGUGCUAGUAAGCAGAUUAUUUUUUUUCUUACCUUUGGAUAAACCAGGCUAGCUGUUUCCCUUUGUUUGGUUAGCUAAGCUAAGCUAAGUGGCUUCUGGCUUCAGACAUGAGAGUUGUACAGGAUCAGUCUUUUCAGGUCACUCUCUGCUCACAAGCAAUUAAUCAUAUAUCCCAAAGUAUAGCUUGUGUUUGUUUGUGCUUCUUCUCUACAUACUGUGUUCAUUGAACAUUUGCAUUUUCUCUCGUAGUUCUGAGUGAGGUUUGAGCCCAGUCUUUGGAUGUAUGUGUGUGUUUUGACCCUCUGGGCACUGAGCGAACAACAACACCGGAUUGCCCUCAGUGCCCUCACGACUGUAUGACCCUUGCACUUGGUUCUGCCCACUCAGUUCAGACUCCUCUGGAUGCUCACUGGAUUCUGUCGGACAGAUUUCAGUAAAAAACUGUUUGAUUGGUGUUUGGAGGUCAAACAGCCUUUCAACUCCCGCCUGAAUCGUUUUGUUCGGACCAUUGGACGCUUCUGUGGUGGUUAAAGAUACGUUUGUGAUUUCUCUUGGAUUUCCUUCUGUUGGCUUGUAGAAAUAACACAGUGCCUUUAUGCUGCUAUGCUUCUGACUCCAUUGUGCACUGCUGAGUGUUUAAUUACACCGAGAUAGAACAUGAAGGACUGCCGUUGAAGUGGUUUGUAAAAAUUGCUGUUCCUGAGUGUACAUCUCGCAUUCAAGGAACCAUUUUAGUAAAAAGAUCAUCAAAGUAAAACAAACCAAUAACCCAGAUUACCCAGCCCGGUUUGUAUCACUUGUCUCUUGUCCAUUUGGAAGUAAUCCAAACUGUUCUUUAUUUCUCCUGCUUUGCACGUGAAAUACACUAUUCAUGGCUGCUGCUGAUUCAGUCUGGUUGUUUGAAGCAUGGUGCCAUUAACCAGAUGUGUUGAUGCUACAGUGUCCUUCACUGUACUUUGCUUUCUGCUUUCAAGCUUUGUUCUUGUUGCUAUUGCAUUUCUGCUGCGUGGCUACAGCCCCACGCCCAAAAGACCUUAAACUGCAACAAGUCAUUUACAUCAGUAGAUAUUGACAGAGAUGUAAAUCACUGCUAAAUUCAACAGCAUCAACUGGCCUUAAUUUUAACCUAAACAAUCAUUUUAAAACCUUAACUUAAUUUAACCAUUUAGAGGCUCAUUUAAAAAAUGUUAUUAUUUUAAAUUGUCUGCCUAAACCCAACCUCUUAGUUUAGCUACUGCUACUAUCUACCUAAGGUUAUUUUAAGACGAGCUGAGUGAUCUUGAAAACUACAAACAGAACUUUAAACAGAGGCUGAUUAAUGUAUAAAAAACUCUAUUUUAAUCCCAGAUUUUGCAUAUCAUAGCUUUAAUUUCCAGUGUUUUUGUUGUUCAUGGGAUUAAAAUAAAAACAAAGCUAACCUCAUAUGUGCUAUAACAUGUAAUUGUCAUGUUAAUGUCAUUGAUGUGAUACAGUCCCUCGUUUUCCUUAUCUGUUACAAGAGCAACCACUGCCAAAUUUAAAUGUGUGUCAUGGUUUUUCUCUUGGAUUCACUUUUCAAACUGUUAAAGAGGUCUUAAUGCUUAAUAUAGACAUUAAUUGCUGAAAAGCUCAGGUUAUGUCAGCCUGGCACCCACUCAUGCAAGUAUUAACACCUCUGUAGGUUUCAGAGAACAUGUCUUUGCAGAAAAAGUCCUCAGACUGUGUGACACUGGAAAGAAAAGUUAUUUUUUUUUCAUCAGUUAAAUGCCAAGGAGAGAUUUGAAAGAUGGUCAGUUCUUUGUAAAUUUUUCUUUGCAGUACAAUUUUUUUCAGCUGCGACAGGCAGAUCUCCAUUUCAAUUGAAUAAAUUACUGAUAAUAGCACUGGUGUGAAUGCGGGCGGACAUUUUUUCAGUGAAGGCACCUCUGUUUGGUACAUGAGAGAUGACUGAUAUUUUUUUAAUUUCUUUGACAGCCAAACACAGCGGCACCGUACAUUCUGAUGGAUUGGUCGUGAUUUUGGUUUGUUUUUCGGAGUAUUUGCCUUAUUCUGUGCAUUCUCUCUAAAUCUGAAACAUUUCUGCAGUCAGCUACGCUUUCACAUGAAAAUGACGAUUCAUUCACCAUGCUGUCAUUGACUGGCCAGCUGCAUUUUCUGCUCUUGAAUGAGUCAUAAAAUCUGUACUUUCUGUACUACAUAGCUACUGCAACAUUCACCUCAAUUUAUGAUGAAAAAUAUGAAAUACACUUUGGUUAUACUUGCGCUAAUAUCACAAUUAAGACCUCAGUGUUUCUCGUCUCAUCUGAUUGCUGCAAGUUAGCUGGCUAAUGUUACCUAAUGUGACACAGAAAUGAGGUUACGUACAGUAAUGAUGUAUAGAACAUUUAGCUUGACCGAAGGUAUGAAGGUAUUAUAAAUUUACUGUAAACAUGUAACUAUUCACGCUUACGGUGGAAAGAAACUUCCUUUUGCUAGUUGAGCUUUUCUCCCUUCUUCAAUACAAAAUGCCUUUGUCCUCUUUUUUCUAGUCUGUGGUUGGUUUUAUUAAAUUGUUGUGUGGA